UCUGCUUUCUUCUCCAUCUCAUGCACACACCUUUUCUCCUCUGUUCCACCUCGAACGCUUGGAGCACUGCUUCAGUCUCAGCCAUGGUGGUCUUGGCCAACCCUGCGCUCGAUGCCAUCCCCAUCCUCAGCUCUCCCAAGCCGUGCGCUUGCUUCUCCACCGUCCCCGUCGUGGACCUCUCUAUGCCCGGCGCCGCGGAGGCCCUCGUGAGGGCCUGCGACGACUUCGGCUUCUUCAAGAUCGCCGGCCACGGCAUUCCCAUGGAGCUCAUGCAGAAGUUGGAGGCGGAGGCGCUCCGGUUCUUCCACUUUCCGCAGGCCGACAAGGAGAAGACCCGCCCGGCCGACCCUUUCGGCUACGGCAACAAGCAGAUUGGACCCAAUGGGGACAUCGGCUGGGUGGAGUACCUUCUCUUUGCCGUCACGGCGGAUCCCUCGGCUUACACUUAUAUGGACUGCUCUUUCCGCUCUGCUUUGCUGGAUUUCAUGCUUUCUGUGAGGAAGCUGGCUCGUGAGGUUCUGGAAUUAAUGGCGGAGGGAUUAAAGCUCGAGAAAAGAGAGUUUUUCAGUAAUCUAGUGCUGGGAGACGGGAGUGAUGGAAUCUUCAGGCUGAACCACUACCCCAAGUUUCCUCUUCUGGAGAAGUUCAACUGCAGCUUGACGGGGUUCGGCGAGCACACGGAUCCACAACUGAUAUCGAUCUUGAGGUCGAACAACAGCGCCGGGCUACAGAUUUCACUCAGGGACGGAAGCUGGGUCUCAGUGCCGCCGGACAGCGAGUCCUUCUUCAUCAACGUCGGCGAUACUCUUCAAGUGUUGACGAAUGGGAGGUUCAAGAGCGUGAGACACAGAGUGUUGGCCAACGGGUCGAAGCCGAGGAUAUCGAUGAUCUACUUCUUUGGGGCUGCGCCUACUGAAAAGAUUGCGCCAUUGGAAGAGUUGAUGGGGGAGGGAGAACGGAGCAAGUACAGGGAGUUCACGUGGAGCGAGUACAAGAAGGGUGCCUACAAGACAAGGCUAGGAGACUACAGGUUGGGCCAGUUCGAGAAGUAGGGAGGGGAAGGAGAAGGAGAGGAGGAUUCUUUCAUUGAUGGGUGAUUCCACAGAUGAAGGGUCAACACUGCUCGACUUUUGGGGUGGUCAAAGACAACAAUCUCUCUCUCUCUCUCUCUCUCUCUCUCGUAGUCUAGCUAGCUAGUCAGCUAAGUUGGAGAAGAAUUGUUAUUUGUAAGCAGUGUGUUUAAUUAACAGGAUCAUUGUAGAUAUAUAAAUAGUUGCAACACCUCAUAAAUUAAUCCGGGUGUUUAGUGUGAUAGUAAAUUUCCCUUUAACAUGCAUGUGAUCAGAGCUGUUUAAUC